CUCGCCCCCCACCCCCCGGCGCCCACACCCCGCCAUGGAGCCCGACCAGGCCGCCGAGAGGGCGCUCGCCCCGCUCCGACAGGCCGUCAAACUGCAGGGAGAACUCGUUCGGAAACUGAAAGAAGAAAAAUGCCCAAAGGUGGAUAUUGAUAAGGCAGUAGCAGAGCUCAAAGCUCGUAAGAGGAUCCUGGAGGCCAAGGAAUUAUCGCUUCAGCCGCAGGAUGACAUUGUGGACAGAGCUAAAAUGGAGGACACUUUGAAGAGGAGGUUCUUCUAUGACCAGGCUUUCUCUAUCUAUGGAGGUGUAAGUGGCCUCUACGACUUUGGGCCUGUUGGCUGUGCUCUGAAGAACAACAUGCUGCAGCUUUGGCGUCAGCACUUCAUCCAGGAGGAGCAGAUCCUCGAGAUCGACUGCACCAUGCUCACUCCCGAGGCCGUCCUCAAAACAUCCGGCCAUGUUGAUAAAUUUGCCGAUUACAUGGUAAAGGACGGGAAGAAUGGGGAGUGUUUCCGAGCUGACCACCUGCUGAAAGCUCACCUGGAGAAGCUGAUGUCUGACAAGAAAUGUUCUGCGGAGAAGAAAACAGAAAUGGAAAAUGUCAUCGUACAGAUGGACAAUUACAGCCAACAGGAGCUGGCAGAGCUGUUUAUCACAUACAGCGUCAAGUCCCCAGUCACCGGCAACGACCUGUCUGCUCCCAUCUCCUUCAAUCUCAUGUUUCAGACUUCCAUUGGACCUGGGGGCAACACGGCAGGCUAUCUCAGACCAGAGACGGCCCAGGGAAUCUUCCUCAACUUCAAAAGGCUGCUGGAGUUCAAUCAGGGAAAACUUCCGUUCGGCGCUGCUCAAAUAGGGAAUUCCUUCCGGAAUGAGAUCUCACCACGGUCUGGCCUUAUCCGAGUCAGAGAGUUCACCAUGGCGGAAAUCGAGCACUUUGUGGACCCUAACGAGAAGGAGCAUCCUCGCUUCCCCGCGGUGGCUGAUCUGCAGCUGACCCUGUACUCCAGCGAGGCCCAGGUCAACGGGCAGUCGGCACAAAAAAUGCGGCUCGGGGACGCGGUGAAUGAGGGGCUCAUCAACAACUCGGUGCUCGGCUACUUCAUCGGCCGCAUCUUCCUCUUCCUCACCAAGGUCGGCGUCUCGCCCAACAAGCUGCGUUUCCGCCAGCACAUGGACAAUGAGAUGGCCCACUACGCCUGCGACUGCUGGGACGCUGAGUCCAAGACCUCUUAUGGUUGGAUUGAGAUUGUGGGUUGUGCUGACCGGUCUUGCUAUGACCUGACCUGCCACGCCAAGGCUACCAAGGUGGCCCUGGUCGCUGAGAAGCCUCUAAAGGAGCCCAGGACGGUCAGUGUGGUCCAGUUUGAGCCAAACAAAGGGGCCAUCGGCAAGGAGUUCAAGAAAGAGGCCAAGGUGGUGAUGGAGUAUCUGAGCAACUGUGACGAGGCUUACAUCACUGAGGCGGAGCUGCUGCUGUCUGAGAAAGGGGAAUUCCCAGUAGAGGCCGGAGGGAAAACCUUUGUCUUAACGAAGAAUAUGGUCGGAGUCAAAAGAUCCCAAAAAACCUUACACGUCGAAGAAAUCGUCCCAAGUGUGAUCGAGCCGUCCUUUGGCAUCGGGAGAAUCAUGUACACGGUCUUCGAGCAUACAUUUCGCAUCCGGGAAGGAGAUGAACAGAGGACAUAUUUCAGCUUCCCGGCAACUGUGGCUCCAUUUAAGUGUUCGGUGCUUCCACUAAGUCAGAACCAGGAGUUUGUACCGUUUGUGAGAGAGCUGUCUGAGGCUCUGACCAGGAACGGGGUGUCCCACAAGGUGGAUGACUCUUCGGGCUCCAUCGGCAAGCGAUACGCUCGCACCGACGAGGUGGGCGUGGCCUUUGGUAUCACCAUCGACUUUGACACGGUCAAUAAAGUGCCUCACACUGCAACACUGAGGGACCGGGACUGCAUGAGGCAGGUCCGAGCUGAGGUGUCGGAGCUGCCCCAGCUGGUGAGGGACCUGGCCAACGGGACACGAUCCUGGGCUGACAUCGAGGCCGCCUACCCCCUGUUUGUGGCCCAGGAGACCGGCAAGAAGGAAAUGAUCGAGGAAUGAGGGGCAUGUGGCAGGCUGAUUCAUCUUACCCCCUCUCCCUCCUCUGUGUCACAUCAACAAAUACUCCUCCCCCCCCCCCCCAACCCAUCGCAACCACAUGCACAGAUUCUGCAUAGGAAUUUGCUGGGGAAAGAAGACCAAGGUCCAUCCAGUUCACCUUCCUUCCACCAUCCUGGCAGU